CAAAGUGAAGGAAAAAUUCUGAGAUGCAGAAAGUCUUAUUUGCUGCUGCAAAUGGGAAUCUGGAAUAACUAUGAAAAACACACUGAAAUAAUUGUGUUUGACUGGAACAAAAUUCUUGCAAAGUCCCCAAGGAUGAGAUUCUGUGCCAAAUCAAUGCUUCUCUCUGACUGGCUCUUUCUGGUCUAUGUGUUAAUGGUCUGCUGUAAAUUGUUGUCCGCCUCUAGCCACCAUCCCCGGGGGCACACAGGCCAGCACCAGGUCAAGCAAGGGACAUGUGAGGUUGUGGCCGUGCACCGUUGCUGCAAUAAGAACCGGAUCGAGGAGCGAUCCCAGACGGUGAAGUGUUCCUGCUUCCCGGGGCAGGUGGCUGGGACGACACGGGCCCAGCCCUCGUGUGUGGAAGCUUCCAUUGUCCUACAGAAGUGGUGGUGUCAUAUGAACCCCUGUUUGGAUGGAGAGGACUGUAAAGUACUACCAGACUAUUCAGGUAACACGGUAGCAAAGUCUAAACCAAACUACGGCAUGUGGAACUGUUCCUUGGCUGUUGCACAGAGACCCUUUUUUUUGUCAUGAUGUGACUGACUUUAUUCUUUGAACUUGCAAAAUGAGGCAGCAAAAAGGACAGUGCUUCUCCCUUCGACUGUGGUUGCUGUUCCUGAACCUGGAUUUUACUACACAGUGGUACGUUAUAAUUUCACAAGAAGAAAAUCAAGGAUAUUUGGUUCUGCCUGAAAUGCACCUUGGAUUCCCAAGGAUCUGAGACCUAACUGGAAUUCAUGGAAGCACACACCUGAACUUCUGUGGUGCAUCAAGGACGCUUCUUAAUGACACUAAGCUAUGUAAAAUUGUUUAAAAGGGGUUUAGGUCAUGAAUGUAACCUAGGGGGCCAUAGAAGGAAAAUGCUGAUGUUAAAACUGGUACAGAUGAUCUUAAAGGUCUUUUCAACCUAAAUGAUUCUAUGGGAUUGUCUGAGGCAUUUCUCACAUACUGUACGACAUAAAAAUACAAAUCUGAUUCCAGUGCUGAGUCAGUUGGUGGGACUGUGUUAAUAAAUUAUGUCAGUGUAUUUUCAACUGUAAUUUAGUAACUGUCAAGGUUGUAUGAAGGUGAAAAGAUGGAACUUACAGAAUCAGUAGCAAUUAUUGUAGGGUGUACUUUGGUUAUAGCUGUGCAAUUAGAUUUAUUUCCUUAGAUAGUUCUAGGUAGUUUAACUUUUACAUUCAUAAGUGGUGGCAGGAAAGCAUGAGGAAGAGAUAAAAUUUGAAAGCAGGCACAGUUUUUUCUUGUCCUAAAAUAAAUCCGUUCUCUAGGGGAAUAGCAAAGUAUACAUAUUCCUUGCCUCUUUGAAUCUAGAUAUGGAAAAGAAUUUAGCCAUUAGCUAGAAAUAUACAUUCAGAUGCCUCAAAAAAAGGAAAGCAGGCUUGUACUGCAUAAGGAGGGCUUACUGGAAGGGGAGUAAUUUGUUUGGAUUUUCAUAGAUUUGGUUAUAUCCUAAUAGGUACCAUACUUAAAAUUCAUAAGCAAAAGUCUAGAUAAAAGUGAAUCUUCAGUUUCAAUUAGUUCUUGUUUAGAAUGAUUAUAAUAAUUAAAUGUCCAGUUCCUUGACAGACUGAAUUUCCAAGUGGUUACAUUUCAAGACAGAUAAUUGUUCCCUAUGUUUGUAGAUGCAUUUCAUGCUGUUUUCCUUAUUUGCCUGUUACAGUUUUUUUUGUCAUCAGUCUUCAUAAAUAGAGCAGUGAGUAGAGGUGAAGCUGUAGCCAGUCUGUUCCCCAUGACAUCAUUUUGUGCAUUGCAACAGACUGAAAUGCAGUGAUGCAGAUGGCUCUUGUGCAGAUGAACUGCUGGUGACCCAGCAACCGAAUUCAUUGUUAUGCUUUAUGUAAAUAUUGGGGUAACAAUACACAUCUAAUUUUUAUAUAGACAUAAAAGAAAGAAAAAAAAGGUGUGUUGUACUUAGGUAGGUCAUUGUGCAUAAGCUUUCUAGUGUAUGGGAAAGGUCCCAUCAGCAGUGGGAAGCUGUCCAGGGUAAUAAUUGUUAACUUCUGAUUGCUGCAGUGAGUGGGAGCAUCCAACCAGUUAAUUCAGCUGGAGUCAGUGGUGUGUCAGUCAGAUCUGGCCCUGUGUUUUUUGGUUUUGAUUUCUCUGGUUUAGUUCUCUUUCAAUUAUGUAUUUGAUUACAACUGGGAUCAUAGUGGUCGUUGUACUCAGUGAUAAGCAAAAGAGAGAUUUUCUGCUCUGUGCUUGGACAGCUGAACAGUUCAUUGACUCUGCUUGCCCUAAUGAGCUCUACAUUCCUAAUAUUUUUCGAUUGUUUUUGAUUUUCUGAUUAAAUUUUAAAGUUACCUUUACUAUUUCUAUAGUUUCUGUGCAUAUAUAUUCACGGUGUCAUUAGUGAAGAUCAUUUCCAUUUCCUGUUUGUACAAUGUUGACCCAUAACUGCUAUUUAUUUAUUUAUUUUGGUAUGUGCUCUACAAAGC